UCAAAGGUGGAGAUCAUACGGGGGCAAGCUGCUUUUGAUGAAGACGGCACGGUUGUUGUGAACGGGCAAAAGUACAAGGGAAAGAAUACGCUCAUCGCCGUACUCCGUACUUUUGACGAUACUCUUAGCGUUGGUCUGACCGAGGCGAUGGACAAAGGACCGGUUACUAUCCAUAAAAGAACUUUGGUAAGGAAACAAAGGAUUUUUGUACCCACAUUUCUAUUCUCAAACUCGAUGUACCCGAUGUACCUUCAGGUCGAUAGAGUAGAAAAACGCCCAGAUGGCCUUUUGACCAUCAAGACCAAUACUGGAACCAUUGAUGAAGUAGAAACCUUGAUUUGGGCAGUCGGACGAACUCCGCUCACUGCAGAUUUGCAUCUCGAUAAGGUUGGCGUAAAAACAGACGAAAAAGGAAAUGUGAUUGUUGAUAAAUACCAGAACACUUCCAAUCCUAGUAUACAAUGUAUAGGUGAUGCUGCUGGAAAGUUUCUGCUUACACCAGUUGCCAUUGCUGCUGGUCGCCGUCUUUCUCAUCGCUUGUUCAAUAAUGAAACGUCGAACUAUCUACCUUAUGAGAAUAUUGCCACAGUAGUAUUCAGCCAUCCAACCUUAGGAACUGUAGGGCUCACGGAAGCCGAAGCUAUCAAGAAGUAUGGAAAGGAUCAGAUAAUGCUAUAUAAGUCCAAGUUCAAUCCUAUGUAUCAUGCUGUUACGAAGCAUAAGGAAUCUUGCAUCAUGAAGCUAGUUUGCGCUGGACCUGAAGAGAAGGUUUGCUUGCAAUUCUGUCGAUAAUU